GUUAACUUGAAGCAUCACUAAACACUACAGCAAUGGAUACAACACUUUACACUGCAAUAUGUGUAGUUCUGACUUUGGCUGCUCUAUAUAUUUUCAGUAUUUCAAGCAACUGGAAUAAAAACAGUAAACCCCCCCAAAAAAAAUUUCCUCCUGGUCCCAGACGUCUGCCAUUCAUUGGAAAUUUACACAAUGUUGAUUUAAAGAAACCACAUCUGGCUUAUUUUAAGCUAUCCAAAAUAUAUGGCCCAGUGUUCAGCAUACAGCUAGGCAGCAAGAGAAUGGUGAUCUUGGCUGGUUAUGAAACUGUGAGAGACGCACUUGUGAACCAUGCUGCCGAGUUUAGUGGGAGAGCAUUGGCACCAAUGUUUCAAAAGAUGGACCAUGGGAAUGGAAUUGUUUGGUCAAAUGGGGAAAACUGGAAAGUGAUGAGAAGAUUCACCAUCUCAACACUCCGUGAUUUCGGAAUGGGAAAGUCCAGCAUAGAGGAGAAAAUUACUGAAGAAUGUAGUCACUUGAUUCAGCAUUUUGAAUCAUUUAAAGGUAAACCCUUUGAUAACGCCAUGAUACUGAAUGGCUCAGUUGCCAACAUAAUAGUGUCAGUAUUACUUGGAAAACGCAUGGAUUAUGAAGACAACACAUUCUUAAGACUCUUAAAGUUGGUAAAUGAGAAUGUGCAGCUCUUAGGAUCACCACAAGUUGCGCUUUAUAACAUAUUUCCAUUUAUUCAAUUUCUUCCUGGAGAUUACAAAAAGCUUACAACAAAUUUGAAAGAACUUUUUGCAUUUAUUAAAAGUACAUUUGUGGAACAUAUGAAGAAUUUAGACAUACUUGAUCCACGAAGUAUAGUUGAUGCGUUUCUAGUACGUCAAAAACAGGAAAAAGAGAACAGUGAAUCAUAUUUUCACAAUGAUAACCUAUCCAGUCUUGUAAGGAACUUAUUUUCUGCAGGAAUGGAGACAACUUCUACCACACUCCGCUGGGGUCUGCUUUUAAUGAUUAAGUACCCACAUGUUCAAGAGAAGGUCCAGGAAGAGAUUUCUCAAAUAAUUGGAUUAGCCAAUCCCAGUUACAAUCAUCGUGGAGAUAUGCCAUACACCAAUGCAGUGGUACAUGAAAUACAGAGGUUUGCUGAUGUGGUUCCAUUGAACGUUCCUCAUGAAACCACAAAAGAUGUCAUAUUUAAAGGAUAUUUUAUUCCUAAAGGAACAUAUGUUAUUCCAUUGCUUACAUCUGUUCUGAGAGACAAGACACAAUUUGAUUAUCCAGAGGAAUUUAAUCCAAAUAAUUUUCUUGAUUCAGAAGGGAAUUUCUUAAAAAAAGAUGCAUUCAUUCCAUUUUCAGCAGGUCGCAGAGUAUGUGCUGGUGAAAACCUUGCAAGGAUGGAACUAUUUAUCUUUUUUGCAAGCUUACUACAGAAGUUCACAUUCCACCUUCCUCCUGGUAUUACGGAUGUCAACCUCGAUACUCUAGUUGGAUUUACAAAUACACCAACACCACAAAAGAUCUGUGCUAUAUCACGUUACUAAAAACAGAAAAAAACAAGAUCUUGUGUGAAUCUCUUUUAAUUCCAUUAGAUGAACAACAGUAGGCUUGUAGAAAUUAUUUUCUAAUAUUAAUG